UGGCGUGGAUGGGAUGGGAUGGGAUGGGACGGGACGCCACGAGGAAAUCCCAGGACUAUCUAAGAUGUUCCUAAUGCCAAGGGAUGGGGGGGUCUUUCCAACUCGGACCCCCCCUCCCCAAUGAAGAGUGGGGGGGGAACCCCCCUCCUGGCCACCCCCUGCCAAGUCAGCCCCCUCCCCUCCCGCCAUGGAGGGAGUUGCAUUGGCACAGAUUUGGGGUGAGUUGGGGGUGCAUUGACCCCUCCUAUCCCCGCCUGGCCGGCGUCCCGUUGGAGUUACUUGCCUGCGACAAGCAGCCCAGCCCAGCCCAGCCCAGCCCCGGGAGCGGAGGCGGAGUCUCUCGGCCGGCUCCCCCAGCAGCUGGCUGGUUGCUGUCUCACUCGCUACCCUCGCCCGCCUGCCCGUUUGCAGCUCCUGGCAUCGCCUGCAGGACCCCCACUUCCUCCCCAAUGGACGUCCUUCCGGAACCCCUCCUGGUGCGGAUCUUGGCCAGCCUGCCCGCCCUCGACCUGGUGCUGGUGUGCCGCCUGGUUUGCUCCCAGUGGAAGGCGCUGGUGGACGGAGGGGCCCUCUGGCUGCUGAAAUGCCAGGAAGAGGGCUUCGCGGGCGAGGACGCGGAUGUGGAAGGCGCAGAGAGCUGGCAAACCCUCUAUUUUCUCCAUAAGAAGAAGCGGAAUUUGGUCAAGAACCCAAACGGAGAAGAGGGUCUCCAGCAUUGGGAGGAUGUGCAAAACGGGGGUGACGGCUGGAAAGUGGAAGAGCUGCCGGGCGAUUUCGGAAAGGAUUUCCCCAGGGAGGAAGUCCGCACCUAUUUCGUGUCCUCUUUUGACUGGUGCAGCAAAUCCCAAAUAAUUGAUCUGCAAGCUGAAGGCUACUGGGAGGAGCUGUUGGAUACCACCCAGCCCAAAAUCAUAGUGAAGGACUGGUAUGCUGCUCGCUGCGAUGCUGGCUGCCUUUACCACCUGAAGGUGAAGCUGCUGUCUGCUAACGAAGACACGGUGGCCGAAUUCGAGAGCGAAACCAUCGCAGUCCCCCAGGACAACGAGGGCGAGUGGGCUGAGAUCACUCAUACUUUUGCCGAUUACGGUCCCGGCGUGCGCUUUGUCCGUUUCGAACACGGCGGUCAGGAUACGGUGUUCUGGAAGGGCUGGUACGGCGCCCGGGUGACAUCCAGCAUGGUGACGGUGGAACCUUAACUCUCGGCAUUUGCACGUCGGAGCAGGCUGGCCCCUCUGCAGGAAACCCUCACUACAAGAUGAUGCCUGGGAAUUGGCAAAUAUCGCUUUAAAAGCCAAAAAAAAAAAAGGUCCAUUCAUUUAGCCAGCAAAGGAAGGCCCUUCUUAACAGCAUUAAGACCCCCCUCCCCCGAGGCAAAGCAGUAUACUGGGGGCCUCCUACGACAGCCACUCACAGGAAUAAAAAUGUAAAUGGUCGAUAAAAUUAAACAUAUAUUUAUUUUAUUGGCACUUCCAACAAAAUCGGUGUUGGUAUGAAGCCACUAUGCUCGUGGGGCCCAUAAGCCCAUGCGUUAAGACAGCCCUGCUUAGCUGUUGUUUAACCGAGAGCCCCUGCAUAUCCACUGGACAAAUGCAUAAAUAAAUUCAGUUUCCAAAAAAAAGUUACAGCUGUGUUU